CUCCGCCAUGUUAUGACGUCACAGCCUAAUCCCACCCCGGUGUCCGGAGCGUGUAGGCUCAAUUGGUGCGGAGUCAUGAAAGUGUUUGUAAACAACUCAGUCAGAAGGUGCAGCAAACUGGAGUCGGACCAAUUCCUACACACGUACCCGAGUGUCAACACAUCCUCCAGCGUGUCCCUACUUCUGGGAUAUGAAGGAUGUUUGAGCUCACAAGUAGUGGAUGUCUUUAAGUCGACAGGAUGACACAGCUGUAAUACCAGUGAAUAAUUUAUAAAGUGUCCAGUAGGUAUAGGAUCCCUAGUGUAGACCCUCAUCUCUUUAGUUUCCUCUUUGUUGUUCACCCAUUAAGUUAAGAUGCCUUGGCCAUUUUCGGAGUCCAUCAAGAAGCGGGCUUGCAGAUACCUCCUGCAUCGCUACUUAGGAAAUUUUCUGCAGGAGAAGCUAAGCUUGGACCAGCUUAGCUUAGACCUUUACCAAGGAACUGGAUCACUUGCACAAGUCCCGCUGGAUAAAUGGUCAUUGAAUGAGCUCCUAGAAACAGCUGAUGCCCCUUUUGAGGUUAUUGCAGGCUUCAUCCAGACUAUUUCACUGACUGUUCCUUGGGCAGCCUUGCUACAGGAAAACUGUGCCCUUGAGGUCAAGGGUUUGGAAAUGGUUUUCAGACCAAGACCAAGAGCGGCAUCUGGUAUUGAACCCAUGUACUGGUCCAGUUUCAUGACAAGCAGUAUGCAGCUUGCCAAAGAAUGUUUAAGCCAGAAACUCACAGAUGAUAUGGGAGAGAGUUUCCAGCCUUUUGAGGGACUGGAAAAGUUUGCAGAAACAAUAGAGACAGUACUGAGAAGGGUCAGGGUGACAUUUUUGGAUACUGUCCUUCGGGUCGAACACAUCCCAGAAAACUCUAAAACUGGAAUUGCGCUUGAGAUUAGAAUCAAUAAGAUUGUUUACUGCGACGAAACAGAUGAAGAGAGUUCAAGUGUGAAUGUGCAUCAGCCAACUACGUUUGCACAUAAAAACCUGCAGAUGGAAGGCAUCACCAUAUUUUGGGAUGAAUUCUCAGAUGCACCUCGAGCUGGUUGUAAAUCUUCACCUCCUCCAACGGAGACUGAGCCAAAGCUUUCCCCAAGCUGGAAUCCUAAAAUAAUCUGUGAACCACAUCCUCAGUUCACAGAACCGAUUUCCUCCACAACACCCUUUGAACCUGUUCAAGUUGGGAGUCUUUGGGGUAAACUUGAGUUGUCCCUCACUCUCAAAAACAACCUAGCUAUGCCUGGUGCAAAGCUGGAUGUUGUUGGAAAUAUCGACACACUUGUAAUUCUCCUGUCGCCACGGCAAGUCCAUCUUCUUCUGGACAUGUUUGGGGCUUUCUCUGGUGGAGCUGCACAGGAAUGGGCCAAGGAUAGAAAGAGUCGGCCAAUACAGCAAGAAGAUGAGUAUCGGCUCCAAAUGGAACUGAACCGCUGCCUGAAGAAGGAAACCACUAUCCCAGGAACAGACCCCGACCUCUUUGACAGCCAGACCACCAGAACUGUUUCUAGUCGAGAUGAUGUGUUCUUCUCCAUGGCUGACAUGGACAUGUCUCACAGCUUGUCAUCCCUCCCUCCUCUGGGUGAACCACCCACUGUGGACUUGGACUUGUCUCUCAAUAGCAACUACUCAGCCUCUCCAGGGGAAUCUCCUUCUGGAAAUGCGACAGUUUUGUGGGAUGAUUACAUGGAUGUACCGCGACAAAGAGAGAAGCAGACUAAUGAAACUCCUGUCCAGUCACGCGAUUCACAAGUCCCUCAAAAAUUACUCAGACAGACAUCCCACCCAUCCAAGCAUGGUGAUGAGUCAAGGCCUGAGCUGGUGUUGAAGCUCACACUGGGCAGUCUGGCUGUUUCAGUCCUCCACAUUGACCCACUACCACCACCAGAUGCAACUCCUAGUCCCCUUGGGCCUAUGGCCUCACACUUUUUCAGGAUGGUGGGUUUAGGCCAACUUGCUCCAGCAGCUUUCCUUCAGUCUCGAAUGGUGUUAAAUCAGGCUUGUCCCCAUGACCAUCUCAGGUUUGUUGGUCAGGGUCUGAAGAUAAGCUAUGAACACUGCCAGGGAUCCAGCCUGCGCACUUACAGUACAGAUGUUUCCCUCAACCAGAUGGAGCUUUUGGAGUGCCUGUUUCCCUCUGAUGCUGGCAUUGGUGGCUCCCAAAGAGGCAUUCAGUACACUGAGCUCCUGACAUUUGACACCAUAGCCAGUGCUGAUGCGCCGCCUCCCACCUGCCUUCAUUUGCUUUACAAGCUGGCUGAGCGCAGAGGCCCUCAGGGUGGCCAAGUGCGUCUUAGCACCAUCCCCCGGAAAGCUGAGAUCCAGAUGGAACUGGGCCCUGUGCGCUCUGAGCUGGACAUCAGCAUUGUAGACCGUCUUAACUCACUACUGCAGCCCCAGAAACUGGCCACCACAGAAAUGAUGGCCUCUCACAUGUACACGUCAUAUAAUAAACAUGUCAGCUUGCACAAGGCCUUCACAGAGGUUUUCCUUGAUGACAGCCACACCCCUGCCAAUUGUCAUGUAUCGCUCACUGUCAACGCCCCAGUCUUAGGCCUUGCUGUACGCUUUCCCAUUCCUGACUUGCGUUCGGAUCAGGAAAGGGGUCCAUGGUUCAAGAAGUCUCUGCAGAAGGAAGUGCUUCAUUUGGAGUUGGAGGACCUUGAAGUGAAAACAGAGUUCAUGGGUGGAAGUUCUGACCAAACCAAGAUGGAGCUCACUUUCAGGGAGCUUAUUGGGAAAUUCCAGGAGGAUCAAGACCAACCAGCUCCACGAUUCCUCAGGGUGUCCCACACCAUGGAUGGAGACAUGACAACAUCUGAAAGUGUUAAAUUUGAUUGGCCAAGGGUUGUGCUAAAGAUGAACCCCACUGCAGUGCACUCAAUUCUUGAGAGGGUCACAGCUGAAGAUGAUGAAGGUGCUGAGGACCAUUCCCUUGAGGAGGAAGAGGAGGAAGGGGCAGCUCACUCACUGAAGGAUGUGUGUGACUUUGGAAAACCAGAACCAUCUCCGUUUUCUUCACGCAGGGUUAUGUAUGAGAAUGAAGAGAUGGUUAUUCCUGGAGAUGUUGCAGAGAUGACAGAGUUCCAGGAAAAAACCAUGAACAACUCUCGUUUCAUCCUUGAACUAUGUUUCCCCAAUGUGCAAUUGGCGCUCCCCAGCAAGGGAUUUUAUGAAAAACUGCACAACAGAAUAAACAACGACCUGCUGUUGUGGGAGCCCACAGCUCCAUCACCGGUGGAGACUGUGGAAUGCAUGCCUUAUGGAGUUGGACUUUCUGUUGCCAGUCAGCUCAUCAACACUUAUUCCAAGGACAGUUUCAGUCAGUUCCGGUCCGCUGGUAUUGAGGAUGAGACAAGCGGCUCAGAGGAAGAGAACAUGCACUACUACUCUCCGGCCUCUGAUCUCGGCCUCAGGUCUCGAAAAAAGAAAAAAACUAAGGCCCAGAGCAAGACUUCCCAGAGCCUGUUCUCUGUUGUCCUCAGUGUCAAUCAUGGCCUUGUGUCUGUACAGACUAAUGCCAAGAAGGAGGACAAGACUAUACUAAAAAAUAAACAUGGGGAGUUUUGGUUGGAGGUGAAAAAUGCUGUGUUGUUUAGUGUUACGCAGUAUGAAGGUUAUAAAGACCAACACUACAUCUGCUUCCACACCAGCAGUGUUUGCAUGUAUCACCAAGGCCUUGUGGAUGGGGGCACCUCUGUCUCAGACAUCAAAUUGCCAUGCAGGACACAUCCUCAUUGGCUAGAACCAACUGUUUACCAAUCAGAAACAUCUCCUGAGAGAUCCUCCACGCCUUCAGAGGGUAUUGGUUUGGAGGCCCGUAGCAUGGUUUCUGUUGCUGUCAAAGUCUCAUCACAGAAUGCAGAACGCAAUGUCAAGGAAUUUCUAGUAGCUAUUGGAGUGAGAGGUGCGACACUCCAACACAGAGUGGUUCCUCCUAGCCUUGGCUGGUAUGAUCAGAUUGUUGACUUUCUGAAUGUUUCGGAUGAGCCAGUGCUGGGAUACGCACCUCCUACAUCUGUCACUACACUUCAUCUACACUUAUGGAGCUGCUCUCUAGAUUACAGACCUCUUUACCUACCAUUAAGAUCACUGCUGGUCGUAGAAACCUUUAGCAUCUCCAGUAGUGUCUCUUUAGACCACUCAUCAUCAACACUCAGGAUCAUUUUGGAUGAAACUGCACUCUUCCUCUCAGACAAGAAUAAUGCAGUUUCUGUCAAUCUGGCACGUGAUUAUGUCCAAGUGGUAGACAUGGGAACACUGGAGCUGAGGAUUACUGCUGUCAAACCUGGAGUGGAUGGAAAAUUGUUGGAGCCCAGAUUUGAGCUGCGCUGUUCCAGUGAUGUCAUCCACAUCAGAACGUGUUCAGACUCCUGUGCUGCUCUUAUGAAUCUUAUUCAAUAUGUAGCCAGCUAUGGAGAUUUGGUGUCUCCAGCAGAACCAGAGGCCAAGCACAGUAGUGCCACUCAAAGAACCAAGGUGGAGUGUCCCAGCCGGCCCACCCUUCAGGGCCCGUUGCUUGCUGAAACUGAGCAACAAAUGCUGCAAGAUCUGAUGAGUGAGGCUAUGGAGGAAACUGAUGCUCAGCAUGUACAAGGGGUGCAACAGAAUGGAGCACAUGAGGAGCAGAAUCAUGACCAUGACCCACCCCGCUCAGAUCUAUUCCUAUUCCCAGAUGAGAGUGGAAACCAGGAUUCAAGCCCCACAUACCCCAUGCUUCACUCUCCUCUAAUUACCCCCGUCCCUAACCUGGCCCAAGAGACAGAUGACUUUUGUAUCUUAGAGACACCAGGUUCCAGAGGAGAGGAUCGUGAUCAGGAGCCGGUGGUAAAGCACCUCACAUCUGACCCUGUAGAAAUCAAAGAUGAUCACUUCAGUCAUCCUAUGGAAGGGAGUGAUUCCAGCCGUGGAACCUUGAACUUUCCCAUCCCAGAGGUGCGCUACCUCAUUAAAGAAAUUUCUGUUAUUUGGCACCUUUAUGGCGGGAAGGACUUUGGGAGUGCAACUUUUACAGCCUCACCUGCAAGAAGCCGGGGGUCUACACCUCAUAGUUCCCCAUCUCAAACUCCAGUCAGACAGGCCAGAGGUUCUGGAAGGGCCGGGGGUGGAAAGGGAAGGAACCCCGAUGUCCUGAUGGAGAUUCAACUUAGCAAGCUAAGAUUUCAGCACGAAGUGUAUCCACAAUCCCAGGGACUUUCUGGGUCAGUGUCAACAGCAGACCAGCCAGUGUCCCGGCAGGUGUUUGUGGUUCAGGACUUGGAGAUUCGAGACAGACUGGCUACCUCACAAAUGAACAAGUUCUUGUACUUGUACUCAAGCAAAGAAAUGCCCAGAAAAGCCCAUUCUAACAUGUUGACAGUUAAGGCGCUCCACAUGUGCCCAGAGUCAGGGCAGGCUCCACAGGAGUGCUGCUUGCGUGUUUCUCUGAUGCCUCUUCGCCUCAAUAUUGAUCAGGAUGCAUUGUUCUUCCUGAAGGACUUUUUUACAAGUCUUGCUACUGAAGUUGAGUUUUUCUCACCACCUGCUCAAGAAGCAGUCUGUGUGUCCACAAAGAAAGUGGCUGCCCCAGAAAUCUCCUGCAGCUUUCAGAAGCACAGCAGCACCAGCCAGGACCCAGCCCCGAUCAUCUCAGUGCCUGCUCAGAGACGUUUGAGCCACAAUGGUUUCUCCACAUCUGGUAGGGAAGAAGCAACUGAAAAUGAAGCCUCCACGCCUGCCUUCACAGACCAGCCCAUCUUCUUUAGGGAGUUUCGAUUUACCUCUGAAGUUCCCAUUCGCUUGGAUUAUCAUGGGAAACACGUUGCAAUGGAGCAGGGAACAUUUGCUGGGAUCAUUAUUGGCUUGACACAGCUAAAUUGUUCAGAACUGAAACUGAGACGGUUGUGCUACAGACAAGGGUUAUUGGGUGUGGAUAAGCUGUUUUCCUAUGCAAUAAAUGAGUGGCUAAAUGAUAUAAAGAAAAAUCAGCUUCCCGGUCUGCUGGGUGGUGUGGGACCGAUUCACUCUCUGGUUCAGCUCGUUCAGGGAUUCAGGGACUUGGUGUGGCUUCCGAUUGAACAAUACCGGAAGGAUGGUCGGAUAGUCCGUGGAUUUCAGCGGGGCACUGCCUCCUUUGGAACUUCCACUGCUAUGGCUGCGCUGGAGCUUACUAACAGGAUGGUGCGGACCAUUCAGGCUGCAGCUGAGACAGCCUACGACAUGGUGUCUCCAGUGCCCGAUGAGAGAGACAUGAAGAGGAUAAAACGUUACUCCCAUUAUGGACUCGCUCACCAGCCUGUAGAUCUGAGAGAAGGCGUGGCCAAAGCCUAUACUGUGGUAAAAGAGGGGAUCACAGACACUGCACUGACCAUCUAUGACACGGCCACACGGGAGCACGGGCAGCGUGGAAUGACAGGGGCAGUGGGAGGAGUCCUCAGGCAGCUGCCGCCAGCAGUAGUCAAACCGCUCAUUAUGGCCACUGAAGCCACCUCUAAUGUCUUGGGUGGGAUGAGAAACCAAAUUCACCCAGAUGCGCGUCAGGAGGAGUCUCAGAAGUGGAGGCAGGGUGAGGAGUAGCUCUUGUUGCCAUACGGUACCGAAACCCUGGUUGCAUAUAAGCAACAGCAGCAUUAAUGCGUUAAUUUUCCUCGACAUGUUUUGAGAACACUGAGGAUGUGCUUACAGAGCCCUGAUGUAAAUAAAAUGAUGUUCAUCUUGUGGCAUUUAUAGCUACUGUACUUUGGCUUGUGUCCGCUUACCUGUUCCCUCACAGUGCCUUCAUAGUUAUCAGCAUUUGUCCAACGGGUCUUUAAGUCAAAGGGAUGUAAAAUGUUUAACAGAUGACUACCAGUCACAUCCACAUGUUGCUCUCAUCUGGAUCUUAUUCUGUUCCAGGAUAGAAAUGGUUCUAAAUGUAAAAUCAUAACAAUAAGUAAUAGUUUGCUUGAUGCACAUAUUGCUUCAUCUUCAAUCGGCUCUGUUUACAAGUUGUGUGUGGUUACAUUCUCUUAUCUUCUUGGUGUCAACAAACACUAAUAUAGAUGUAAUUACCUUUAAUUUAUAUGAUGUGUAAUGUAUGUGAGCCUUGUUAUUUACUGUAAAUACUCCUAAUGUGUUCAUUAGAGAACAAAUACAGAAACCGAAUGUGUUACACUUGUGUAAAGUUCUGUAAUCAGCACUUUGAAGUGACUUGGAGGGUUUUCUUCCCCAGAUAAUUGAUAGGAUGAUUAUCCAAAUAUGUCAAUGUUUUGCAAUUUUAUUUUGAGUUCUGAGCAAUAUUGUGUAUUUCUCAAAAGCUGCUAUUUUGAUGAGCUGUUGUUUGUUCAGUUGGAUUUUUUUAUUCUCUUGCUUCUCCUGCUCACAUUUCUGAAUACUUGACAAACCGGAUUGAGAAAAUCUAUGUAUUCAUCAUCGGAAAUCGAAGUCUUAAUAUUCAGUUCAGCUGAUUUUAGUAUAUGUUUGAAUAUCUGAUUGACAGUUGGUGUAAGUUGUGUUGCGUUCAUUUGAUUUCCUUAUUUCUCUGUGUAUGUAGAAGGAAUAUUUCUUGUACAUAUGUGUACAGUGAUUUAUGACUUUGUAUUAAAAGCAUGAAAGGGAAAUAAAAAAUAAAAAAUUAAACCCACCACAAGAAA